GGAGGGACGCGGGGGUGGGGGGGUAAGCCGGAGGGCAGGUUGCCGUCAGGUUUGGGAAGUGGACCAGACGGGCGCCCAAUGCAGCUUCUCGGCGGACGACUGCUUCGCAUUUCACCGUCUCCAUCCAACCAGCAGCACCUCCAUUACCGUCUGGCGGCGGGGACCUACCCACUCACCCUGAUUUAAAACGCAUCAUGUUUUGGAAGUUUGACCUACACACGACAUCACACAUUGACACGCUCCUGGAACGUGAGGAUGUUACGCUCUUUGAGCUCAUGGACGAGGAGGAUGUCCUACAAGAAUGCAAAGCCAAUAAUCGCAAGCUGGUGGAAUUCCUGACACGGCCAAGUAGUAUGGAAGCUCUUGUCACUUGCAUCACGAUGGAACCAUCUGAAGAUAUGGAUGAGAAAGUUCGAUACAAGUACCCUAAUAUAUCCUGUGAGAUCCUGACUGCUGAUGUGACACAGGUUAAUGAUGCACUGGGCGAGGAUGAGUCACUGCUGAGCCGUCUCUAUGCCUUCCUGCAAAGUGACAGUAUACUUAACCCUUUGUUGGCAAGCUUCUUCAGUAAAGUAAUGGGCAUCCUCAUCAACAGGAAAAGCGAACAGAUAGUGGAUUUUCUACGAAAGAAGGUUGAUUUUGUAAACUUAUUGUUAAAGCACAUAGGAACCUCGGCCAUUAUGGACCUCCUACUCCGGCUUCUCACGUGUGUAGAGCAGCCUCAACUCAGGCAGGAUGUGUUGAAUUGGCUGAACGAAGAGAAAAUCAUCCAGAGACUCAUCGAGAUGAUCCACCGUUCCAAAGAUGAGGAUCAACACUCUAAUGCGUCUCAGUCUCUGUGUGAUAUUAUCCGACUAAGCAGAGAACAAAUGAUUCAGAUUCAGGACAGUCCCGAACCAGACCAGUUGCUGGCCACACUUGAGAAACAGGAGACCAUUGAGCAGCUUCUUAAUAACAUGUUUGAUAUCGAGAAGGACGAGUCAGUGAUCGUUAAUGGGAUCCAGGUACUGCUGACACUGUUGGAGACACGUCGGCCUCGGUCUGAUCUGGGUGGUAUGGGUGGCCUUUUCUGUAACCUUGAUGGCCAGUUGGAUCUGUGCCCCCCUGGAAUGGACCACGCGUGCAGUCAGGUCAGCGCCGGGACACUACUCGCCAUCAAAUUAAGACUGCGGGAUUUCCAUCAACUCCUCCUCGACCCACCAAAGAAGAAUAAAAUGGUGACUACCUGGGGUACCCUGGACCCACCUUUAGGGAACACACGGGUUCAUGUUGUCAAACUCAUCACCAGUGUCUUGCAAGUGAACAAUAGUGAAGUGAACCAGGAGUUGAUGGAGUUGAACACGCUGGAUGUUCUUCUUGAUCUCUACUUCAAGUAUGUGUGGAAUAACUUCCUCCAUUUGCAAGUGGAGCUGUGUAUUAGCACGGCAUUGGGGAACCCGCCAGCAGAAGAUUGCACUGAAACAAAUGUGGAAAAUCACACCGAAAACAGCACUGAGUCCCCCCGCCAGAAUCCACUCAUCAAACAUCUGUUUCAGAAGUGCCGGUUGUUGCACCGAGUGGUGUCGGCCUGGGAAGAAAAUGAAAGAGUGCAGUCGGAAGGUGGCAGGCGGAAAGGCUACAUGGGCCAUUUAACAAGAAUAGCAAACGCCAUGGCACAAAAUGCAGAAAACGGUCCUAACCACACUUCAAUAGCACAGAUGAUCAAAGAACUGCCAGAUGAAGAGAGGGAGCGAUGGGACAAGUUUGUUCUGGGAUCACUCUCUGAAAUGAACAAGAAAAACACUGUUGAUUUGGUAAAUAUGCGGAACCUGCACUCCUCAAGUGACGACGAUGAGAAUGAUCUAAAAGAGUUCAGCUUCCCGCAAGAGGCUGUUCUUCAGCAGGCAUUCUCAGACUACCAGAUCCAGCAAAUGACUUCCACCUUCAUCGAUCAGUUUGGCUUUAACGAUGAGGAAUUUGCCGAGCAGGAGGAAAGUGUGAAUUCCCCAUUUGAGAGGGCAGCUAACAUCAGCUUUGUUUUUGACGCCAACAGUGACAGUCCAAACACAAAUCUGUUUGAGGAGUGUUGGAAGGAGCGGAUACGGCAGUUCAACGAUGAUGAAGGCUCAGACGAAGAUGAUGUUUGGCAAGAAAAGGAUCUGCGUUUUGCAACAGAUGCACCACGUGCACCACGAAGCUCUGGCAGUACUGACAGUGAAGGAAGCAGAGACUCCGAAGAGGAGGAUGAUGAGGAUGGGGCUCAGAGCACCACAAAGCCCACAGAAGAGAAGGCAGACUUGGAUCCUCAUAAAGAAGCUGGUUGGACAGCGAACUUUGAUGCUGUGCCUAUGGCAAAUACAGAUGCCAGUCAGAGUGUUGCAGAUGCUGGAUUUAGUGCGUGGGACAACAAUGAUCCAGCUACAUCGCCACCCCCGAUAGAAGGAUGGGCAGUGUUUGCCAGUUUUGCCUCCCAAGCAGGGCCCUCUGGACGUUUGCGAACAAACUCUCCCGUAUCUAUGGAAACAAAUUCUGCUCCUAUGGAUGAGCUCCAGAGUAGUGGUGAUGGACACAGCAAAACAGCAGUUGAAACAAAGGCUCCGGUCGCACCAGGCAGCGAAGAGAGUGAAAAGGUGCCAGAUGCCAGUGUAAAGACGCAUACAACAUCGCAUGUGGGUACAGAGAAAGCUGAUAUGGUGGACAAUGUGAUGGUUCUCAAUGGCUCCAUGCCGGAAGCUGUCCGUCCCUCUGACGUGAAAAAUCCAGAAGUUAAAACACGCACAAGCGAGGAAGCAUCCUUAACUACCUCUGAAGUUGGACCUACAACAGGACAUGUACAGGCAGGCUCUGAAGCUCCAAAAGCCAGUCCAGUUCCCCAAGCUUCAGAAUCUGUGCGGCAAGAACAGAGGUAACACCACAGAGAACGACAAGGAAAGUGCUUCUCGGUGCAUCCCUGAAUGGAAACCCCCUCCUCUCCUCCGCCUCCUCCCGGAUUGUCCCAGUCCGGGUACGGGAGCUGGUCUCUUCACUCUCUGCUGAUCGGCUGGGCAUUGCCGUGAAAGCCAUCAAGACUUCACCUUCCCGGGGGCAAAUCUCUGGGCUGCACUGAUUCAACAAAGAUUGAGGGGGUGGGUGGGAGGGAGGGUGGGUGGGUGGCAUGGAGAGGGAGGGAGGGAGGGGGUGAGGCUUAUUAUAAACCAGCAAUACGAUAUGUGUAACUCAGCUCAUGGAAUCCAAGGAGAAAAUUCUGUAUAACGAAAGGUAUACAGGUGAAGCAGCAUGCUCCAGUGCUGCACCCGUUGUAACAAAGGCGAGUUUGAAAAGAGAGGAUAUGUUCUCUCUCUAAUAUUGGGGGGGUGGGGGGGGGAGUGGAGAACAAGGUGGGCAGUGGAAUUAAAUAUUUUUCUUUGAAUUUAUCUUGCAAAGAUAAGCUCUUGGUGUAGAGAUCUUAUGUAUUCAUGCCUCAACUGCUUCCCCUUCCCACCCCCUGCCCCCCACCCCCAACAAAUCACCACAAAAACACGCAGUUUGAUAAAUGAAAACCAUACUGAGAAUCAGACAACAGUUUUACACCUUUCUUUUCAGAUCCAAGUCUGAACCAGAUUAAUGAGGGAGUAGGGAUCUCUGUAAUCGGUUAAGGGACCCAAAGGUACAUAUGCUGAUUGGGUCUCGAUCUCUAAUGAUUAAUGGGAUUUCUUUUCGUUCAUUUUUUGGUUCUUGAAGCCAUGUGACCAGAAGUUUGGGGGUCUCCAUAAGCCACAAAGCACCCCAGCUCUCUUAUUUACAGUCAGAGGGGUCUGUUUGGGGCGAUUGGCAUUAAAUGCUGGACAGAUUCUCGUUUUCUCGAACUUCCGCAGAAUGUAACAGGGAUAGAGUUGCACUCACAAAAGGUGAGCAUAUAUGGGCUUCUUAAUCUUGCCAUAAUGUACAUUAAUCGUAAAGUCAGUAAAACUCAAAUGAGGGAGCACAACUACCCCCCCCCAAAAAAAGGUCACUUUCUGUAUGUGCUACACAAUAAGCUUUUGAAUUCAAUCAGCAAAGCGAUUGCUGUUAAAACCUGAGCAUACACGCAGUGUCAUCCGGAAUUCUUGCCUUGCAAACCCAGAAGUCGCUGCUUGUAAAAGUUUCCAGCUGCCAUUGUGUGGAUAAGAGUGUGACGCUAAACCAAGGUGUUCCUCUCCUCAUUUUGUACAGUGAACAUUGCAAUGAUUUCAGUUCAGGAGCCAUCCUUAAGUUGGAUUUGAGACAGUGAGAUCCGGCUGUGUGACUUUUUUUUUUGAGCCUUCCUUCUGUUCGCUUGAAGCUCUUCCAACUCCUGUUACAUUCGAAGAGCGAAGACGAGGAGCGAUAAAAGCUGCUGACAUCCUGUGCUGCUCCACCACACUUUCUAUGGGAGAGAAGCGGUGGCUAUUAAUGUUUGGCGUUUAUCUCUCGAGUGAGCUGUAAGCUCCCCACUGUAAUGAGGGUGGGGGUUCUGGACUGUAAAUAACAUCGGCAUGGACCGCUGUAAAACUUUGUUCUUGGACUGAUGUGAAAUACUUCAGCGAGUAACAGCAGUGCAAACACCUUGAAACCCAACCCCAAAGUAGCUGUGAUCAAGGCAAAUGGUUCACUUUCCUUUUGAAAACUGCUUCACACUAUUCAACCAGUUUCUUUCUCGUGCAACUGUUUCAAAACUUUUGGGGUCUUUGAUGCCAUGAGCUGAUCAGUGUUAAAUAUUAAAUGGUGAGUUAUCUAUAUUUUCAUAUGGAGAAAAAAAAGAAACUUUUUUUGUGCAAAAUGAUGUUUUAGGAAGAGAUGGGCCUACCUUCCACGGUCCAGGAUUGGCUGGAUUCCAAAAACAGAUCUGCGGGUGGGGGGGAGAGAGGAAUGGCAGGGUGUCUUUCCAGAUGGGCCCAGACAUGUUUCAGGUUGGGGGGAGGUGGUUGUUCAAUUCCAGCUCCGUCCUCUGCUCAUUGUACCGCUCACAAUUGAUCACCACUGGGAGUGGGUAUUGGAAUUUCCUGGGUACGCCCCACCAAGGUUUGCCAGCACUUGGGCAGGGCAGCAUGGGUGAAUGCCACAUGUUAUCAUCUGCCCUCCUGCCAUCUACAGACCUUGUACCAUUAAUAAGCACAGACAGUCCAAUCCUUGCCAUCUUGAGUGGGGGGAUGGGAAAACAUCCCGCUCAGGUCAGGAGAGUCAUUAAGAAACUCCCCACCUCCUUCUUGAGGAUAAGAUGGUCUAUCUUUUAUCAAACCUCCCUAAAACCGCAUGGACCUAUAGACUGUGGAGAAAUUGCACAUGUGACCUGCAGUCAUCUCUACUGCAGGUCAUACAUGAAUCUCUCCCUGCAAGCGUGCAUUAGCAGCUUGUGUUCUGUUCUAGGUGAGCAGUGAGAGUCAAUGAGGAGAAAGUAUCUCUUGGACGCAAGCAGCUUAAAAAAAUAAACAAGUUUACUUAUCAUCUAGUUUGUCAUCCUGGUACCCCAACCCACACUCUAGCCCAACAACUCUGCACUGGUCUUGGGCAGUGGUGGAUUUAAUGGCAUUUAUUGUAAAUGACUCUGAAAGAGUAGGUCUCUUCUGUGAUGCAACUUUAGAAUAUCCUCGCUGUUACUUUUGAGUCUUGUAUAUGAGGAUACUUAAAGCCAGUAAUAUGAGGAUAUUUUUGAUCUUUUGUUGGAAUAUGCUUGUGAAACGGCAUUCUUGAGUUUCGUGUUGACUUGUAGGCGACUGUUUGAAACUCCCAAGGAGCAGGGGUUAGGUGGUCUGCUGCAGAGAUUCAGAGAGCGAAUGCAGCUUAUACAGUCAGCACCUCUGCCCAAAGAGGAAAAUGCAUUAAUUCUCCAUGUUAAGUUUUCUGCUUUCAAACCUGGGUGUGAUAUGUCUGAAGCAGUUCAUGCCUAAGUGCCAGUUUAAUUGGCUGGUAAGCCACCAGGUCUAGGAGAAUCAUUCAUUGGAAUUUUAUGUUGUAGCCACUUGCUGCCCUGCUGUAAAACUCCAUUCCUCCCACAAGAGGCAGUCAGUGAGCGAUGUGAAUGGUGUACUGACAGCAAUCAGCUCAUCAGCCAUUUACCAAUGGUUUAUUCGACAUAUUGUUUUAAGCCAGCUCCAAUAUCAUGACUGCCGCUGUCAUCAACCGAACCUGACUCUCCAGCUGACUAAAAGCCAAAAAAAAACACUUUGGAGUCAUAUUUUUCUGUUUUGAGACAGUGUUCUUAACCUGCUUUACCUCGCAUGAUAAAGGUGAAGGAGACAAAUAACAAUCGCGUAACGGAUAACGGGUACCAGCUUGUAACUUUGCAAAGGGAUUUCAAACGAUGCUUUAAACCAUGGGAGUGAAGCUUCAACAAGUUGGGUGUCCGAAUCCCCCAAGUCACGUUGCUGCCUAGAAAUCCUUCCAUUUCUCUGUAAGUAAUCUAUUUAUACCAUAUCUAAAGUUUGAUCCCUGAUGUCUGCUGUUAACUGAGCUCAGUGAGAGCAGCGGGAGGGAUAUUUCAAAGUGGAAAGUUCCAGCCAGGGUUUCUGGAAGGUUCACUCUUAAUAUUUUUUUUCCCUCCCCCCUUUUCUGAGGGUAGGACAUUUUUAGUCAUGAGGGAUCUCUGUUUCUGACCUCCUCGAUGAACAGUUGUAAUUGUUGCGGGAUCACUGAUAAAGUUCAGCCAGCUGAAAAGGAGCCCAGUGCCGUGGACACUGGAUGGUAACACACAAGUCAGCAUCUGUAAUCAGCUCCAGUGCAAGCAGUUUUGAAAUCCAGCCAAAAGUGGGUUGAAGUGAGGGGAAAUCCCGUCUCUGUUAAGAUUAUUGAUGUUUGAAGUGUGCGGCAAAUCGUAAUAAAAUAUAAAACCAGA